AUGGAGAUCAAUUCAUGGAUUUAUAUAUUUAUUACACUAGCGACACUAGUUUAUAUAUACUCCAAACGACGGUACUCUUACUGGAAAGAUAGGAAUGUAGUACACAUUGAACCAGAAUUCUUUUACGGUAACAGCAAAUCAGUAAUAAAAAGAACAGCCCAUAUAACCGAAGUUCUUGGAAAACUUUACAAUAAAGUUAAAGCUCAAGGAAAGCGUUUUGGUGGUCAUUAUGCACUAUUCACUCCCCAGUUUGUACCAGUUGAUUUGGAUUUGAUUAAAUGUAUGUUACAGAAAGAUUUUGCUUAUUUUCCGAAUCAUGGAUCUUAUGUUAACGAGAAAAAAGAUCCCCUUAGCGGCCAUCUCUUCAACCUUGAAGAUGAGAAGUGGAGGAACUUAAGAGCAAAACUGACGCCAACUUUUACAUCAGGGAAAAUGAAGAUGAUGUUUCAAACUAUGGUUAGCUCAUCAGAAGGCCUUCAGGAAAUGCUAAAGAACGCUUCAUCGAGCACAGAGCCCGUGGAUAUAAAAGACGUUUUAGGCUGCUUCACCACUGACGUCAUUGGGUCAGUGGCAUUCGGUCUGGAUAUAAACAGCAUGAAGAACCCAGACUCUGAGUUUAGAGAAUACGGCAAAAGAAUUUUUAAAAUUACUUUAUUAGGCAGGAUAAAGUUUAUCUUUCUUAGUAUAUUACCGACUUGGUUGAGCAAGAAAAUCGGUAUAAAAAUAUUUUCCAAAGAUACUGAGAGCUUUUUUAUUAAUUUGGUGAAGAAAACCGUAGCAUACAGAGAGGAAAACAACGUUUACAGAAAAGACUUUAUGCAUCUACUUAUCCAGUUGAAGAAUAUGGGCAAAAUUUCUGAAGAUAAUGAAGACCAGUUAAUGCAGAAAAAUAAUAAUAACAUCCAGGGUUUGUCUAUAAACGAGAUGGCAGCACAGUCGUUCGUUUUUUUCCUUGCUGGGUUCGAGACAUCAGCCACAACGAUGUCUUUUGCUCUUUUAGAGUUAGCUCAAAACGAAGAACUUCAAAAUAAAGUAAGAGAUGAAAUCAACAGGGUUCUUGCGAAACAUGAUAAUAAGGUGACUUAUGAAUCAAUCAUGGAUAUGGAGUAUUUGGAGAAAGUGGUGUUAGAAUCUCUCAGAAAACAUCCACCUUUAGGAAUGUUACCACGUAUUUGUACCAAGAACUACCAAAUUCCAGACAGUGAUGUUGUUAUUACUGCUGGCAUAAGAGUAAACAUUCCAGUAUUAUCGAUUCACAGAGAUCCGGAUUACUAUCCAGAUCCCGAAAAGUUUGAUCCAGAGAGGUUCAACGAAGAAAAUAAAGCCAAAAGACAUCCAUAUUCUUAUUUACCAUUUGGGGAAGGACCUAGAACAUGUAUAGGUAUAUUUGGAAAACUACAAAGUAAAGUCGGCCUUUGUUGCAUUUUAAGAAGGUAUAAGGUUACUUUGAAUGAAAAAACACAAUUGCCAAUAAAAUAUGACAGCAACUCUAUCUCAACUGUAAAGGGGGGCAUUUGGCUAAACUUACAACCCGUUACAUAG